AUGUUUAAAUCUAUCUCGAUCAGAUCUUUUCUCUUGAGUUGUGUUUUGGGUGCGAGUUUAUCUUCAACAUUAGCUUCACCCCCAAAAGACGACAACGUUCUAAAUCUCAACGUAUCAGCAACUUCAAAGGAUUCUAUCAUAAACACUACAGAAAUACCUACCCUUGAUAAUCCCAAUGGAUUGAACUUCAAUAAGUCUGAUCAAAAUGUAUCAGAAUCAGAUAAUUCGACAUUCAAUAAAUCUAUACCUUGUGUGAAAUUACCUGAAACAAUGAACUCUACUACUACCUCUAUACCUAUUUCGUUAUCAAUUCCUGGAGUUUUAUCUGAAGAUGGAAAAUGUACUUGUCCUGGUCUUCUUCCUAUGGCGGUAGGACCUCAUGCGACAAACGGUUCUAAGGGAAUUGGAUCUAGUUCUUCGAGUCCUACAGUGAAGGCUGAGAUUCAGAACACUACAUCUUUAUCUACUCAGGAAUUCACACUCUUACCAGUUGAUUAG